AUGGCUGGAACUACAGACAAUUGGAACUCUUUUAACACCCCCACCAAGACAAUUGGAACUCCUUUAACACCCCCAUCAAGACAAUUGGAACUCCUUCAACACCCCCACCAAGACAAUUGGAACUCCUUCAACAUCCCAACCAAGACAAUUGGAACUCCUUCAACAUCCCCACCAAGACAAUUGGAACUCCUUCAACACCCCCACCAAGACAAUUGGAACUCCUUUAACACCCCCAUCAAGACAAUUGGAACUCCUUCAACAUCCCCACCAAGACAAUUGAAACUCCUUCAACACCCCCACCAAGACAAUUGGAACUCCUUUAACACCCCCACCAAGACAAUUGGAACUCCUUCAACAACCCCACCAAGACAAUUGGAACUCCUUCAACACCCCCACCAAGACAAUUGGAACUCCUUUAACACCCCCAUCAAGACAAUUGGAACUCCUUUAACACCCCCACCAAGACAAUUGGAACUCCUUCAACAUCCCCAUCAAGACAAUUGGAACUCCUUCAACAUCCCCAUCAAGACAAUUGGAACUCCUUCAACACCCCCAUCAAGACAAUUGGAACUCCUUCAACACCCCCACCAAGACAAUUGGAACUCCUUCAACACCCCCAUCAAGACAAUUGGAACUCCUUCAACAUCCCCACCAAGACAAUUGGAACUCCUUCAACACCCCCACCAAGACAAUUGGAACUCCUUCAACAUCCCCACCAAGACAAUUGGAACUCCUUCAACAUCCCCACCAAGACAAUUGGAACUCCUUCAACACCCCCACCAAGACAAUUGGAACUCCUUUAACACCCCCAUCAAGACAAUUGGAACUCCUUUAACACCCCCAUCAAGACAAUUGGAACUCCUUCAACAUCCCCACCAAGACAAUUGGAACUCCUUCAACAUCCCCACCAAGACAAUUGGAACUCCUUUAACACCCCCAUCAAGACAAUUGGAACUCCUUCAACAUCCCCACCAAGACAAUUGGAACUCCUUCAACAUCCCCAUCAAGACAAUUGGAACUCCUUCAACACCCCCACCAAGACAAUUGGAACUCCUUCAACAUCCCCAUCAAGACAAUUGGAACUCCUUCAACACCCCCAUCAAGACAAUUGGAACUCCUUCAACACCCCCACCAAGACAAUUGGAACUCCUUUAA